AUGAGCAGAGACCUCGAGGACGGGCACGGCGCCGUCGGCAGCGUUAUUGCGGCAGGAGGAGAGGCGGCGGAGGUGGCGGUGGGUGGCAGUGGCGGCGAGGCCGGGGACGCGCACGACAACGACGUGGUGAUGCCGGGGUUCCGGUUCCACCCCACGGAGGAGGAGCUGAUCGAGUUCUACCUCCGGCGCAAGGUCGAGGGAAAACGCUUCAACGUCGAGCUCAUCGCCUUCCUCGACCUCUACCGCUUCGACCCAUGGGAGCUCCCAGCAAUGGCGGUGAUGGGCGGGAAGGAGUGGUUCUUCUACGUGCCGAGGGACCGCAAGUACCGGAACGGAGACCGGCCGAACCGGGUGACGGUGUCGGGGUACUGGAAGGCGACGGGCGCUGACCGGAUGAUCCGAGGCGAGAACAACCGCCCCAUCGGGCUGAAGAAGACGCUCGUGUUCUACUCCGGCAAGGCGCCCAAGGGCGUCCGCAGCAGCUGGAUCAUGAACGAGUACCGCCUCCCGCCACCGGUCACCGACGCCGACCCUUUGAUUCCCAAGUCCGAGAUCUCACUCUGCCGCGUCUACAAUCGCUCUGGCAUCGACGACGGCCACGGGCAGUCAUCCUCCAGCACCCAAGCUUCCUCAGCGCGGCGGACCUCCUCCCGCACUGGUGUGCCGACGACGACCGUUCGGCACCGAUCGUCGCCGUCGUCGACGCCACUGUCACCGACGCAGCAGCUCGGAAGCUUCCAUCUGCUCCAAGGAGAAUGCUCGUCUGCGUCACCGCCGGCGCCCAUAAUGGAUCAUCAAGUGGUCACCGCGCACAGCGCGCCGCCGCAGCUUCUGCCUCACCCAAUGCCAUGCACGUACGCGUCGGUGACAACGAUGUCAACAGCCGAAGCUGCGCCGCAAUCAGCACAGGCCGGCGCGGCGACUGCCCUUGCCUCCACGUACUCGCUCUUCAACAUGGCCGGCGGCGCCGCGGCUAUGGUCGGCAGCUCAAGGUCAGUCGACGAGCUGAUCACGCUGGUUGGUCCCACUCCUACCCAGCAGGCCAACGCCAGCCUCUCGGCCGCGACGGGCGGCCAACUCCUCCCAUUACUGACGCCGCCGCCACCGCCAAUGCUACAAAUGAUGCCGCAUGGUGCGCUGCCGAUCGUGGCGCCGCCAUCGUCUUCAUCAGUCGCUGACAAGCUUAGCUGGGACUGGAACCCGAUACCUGACACGACAGACCGGGAUUACAAUCCUUCUGGUUUUAAGUGA